CCGAGGGGCCGGCCCGCCCCCCUGCGGGCAGCGCGGCCCUGCGGUCGAGGGCGCGGCCCCACCGCCGGCUGCGCUCGGGGGAGCCGCUUCAGCGUGCAGCGCUGCUUUGGAGAUGUAAUGUCUGCUGAACUACAGAAAAAUGAUCAGAAGUCUGCUGCGGUAGUUCUUGAGAUCUGCACCGCUCUGCUCCAGAGGAAGAAACUUGUGUGGCUCCUACACAGAAAAGCCAUCACUGAUGAGGCUGUGAGGUAGAUCACACGUGAGGGUCCUUGAAACGAGGGGAAACUCUCUGGUGCUGUAGCUGGCACCUGUCUCUUGAGUGGAGGGCACAGCAGCUUGGUAAAAGACGCUAAGAGCUGGCAGGAUGAAUUCCAGCUCACCUUCUGCACGUGACUUAUACCACAGCAGCACCACAACAGCCAAACCAGAUGCAGGAACAACUCUGGAUGCAACUGUACCAGAAACAGCUACUGUUAGCCCUGAGACUACUAGCUUCAACAGCACCAAGAUCCCAGAUGUGGCCAGCAGCGGACCCAGCAUGAGCGCCAUGCUGCUGUCCUUUGGGAUCAUUACUGUGAUUGGGUUGGCUGUAGCUAUGGUUCUGUAUAUCAGGAAGAGAAAGAGGUUGGAGAAGCUACGACACCAGCUCAUGCCAAUGUACAACUUUGAUCCCACUGAAGAACAGGAUGAACUGGAGCAGGAGCUCCUUGAACAUGGGCGAGAUGCAGCAUCUUCCCAGGCAUCACAGAGCAAGUUCCAGGAGCAGGAAUUCUUCCCAACAUGCCUCAGUUUUCACAUACUUGACACUUUCAGGUUCUGCUGACGAGCCAAGGAGCCCUCCAAAGACCCAGCCGUCUUGUGUUCACAGACGUUGCCAAUGCCAUCAAUGCAUGAACAGUACCUGCCCCUGCUCUGGGAUUGUG